AUGUCGGAAUCUCAAGCCCACCCAGGAGGACCCUCCCCCUCACCUCCGCCACGCCCCCCCGUUGCCCUGACUCCCGGCCCACGCGCGGCGCGUCUGCAACAAGUAUUCGACCAGGCGCUCAAACGUACUCUGCGCGCCAACUCGUUUGCCAAUUUCUCCAGCUGUUUCCCCACGCCCGCGACAUACGUGCCCGCCAGUCUGGAGUCGGUGUGGCGGCAGCUGAACGCGAAGCUGGAGGAAAGCGCCUCGGCGGAAUUCCAGGAUAUCAUUGCUGAGCGGGAUGCAGUGCGCCAGCUGAAUGAGCUGGAUCGGUUAGUCGGGGAGGCAAGGCUGAGGAAGGAGAAUGAUGCGCAGAACGCGAUUGCUCCGCAUACGCUUGGUGCGGAGGAACUUUACCAAGCACACUUGAUACCAUAUUUCAAAGAGGUGGAGGCAGAGCUUAAUACAAAGUUGGAGACUACGCAGGACGAAAACACGAAGCUUGCGGCCCGGAUCCAGGCGCAGAGAAUGGAGAUACAGGGUUUGCUCUCGAAUCUGGAGACCGUGGUUGCGGAUUUGGACCAUGCGGCCACCGCGGCGGCGCAGUUCAGCGACCAACACCACCUUCGGCAGGAGGCGGCGGAUAUGGAUGCAGAGGUAAAAGCUAUGGAAGAUUGA